GUCCAACCUCACUCAUCGCGAUACGCUUUCUUUCUCUCCAUCUUUUUUUUUCUUCUUCGAUUUCCUUUUUUUCUUACUGCGCCUCUUUUAGCGACUUGAAUACCUCUUUUCGCCUGUCUGUGCGCUGCCUUGGCCUAAAUGAAAGACCCCACAUCCUUCACUUAUGAUCUAGCACAAUGGAUCUUUAAUAUCCUUAUCAGUCUCUUUUUUCGGGAAGUCAGACCACGUGGUGCCUAUAAAAUCCCCAAGCAAGGGCCUGUUAUUUUCGUCGUCGGUCCCCAUGCCAGUCAGUUUGUCGAUCCGAUCUUGCUCAUGCGUGAAUGCGGUCGUCGCGUCUCAUUCCUCAUUGCGGAAAAGUCCAUGCAUCAGAAAGGCAUUGGUACAUUUGCACGAAUGAUUCAUGCCAUUCCAGUGAUUCGACCUCAGGAUCUCGCUGUCGCCGGAAAAGGUCGUCUUCAAUUGCUGGAUCGAAAGUCCGAGCCGCUGCGAAUCACCGGGGUUGACACGGCAUUUUUAUCCCAACUGCGGCCGCGUGAUUCCAUUGUGUUGCCAAAAGGCAUCGCAAAAGCGGAAGUCGUGCAAGUGAUAUCGAACACCGAGUUGAUCAUCAAGAAAGAGUUUAAAGAAUUAAAGGCCCUGGAACUACUCACCAACAACGAAGGCACAGCCUACAAAUGUAUGCCACACGUGGACCAGGAAAAGGUGUACAAAGCAGUUCAUGAAGAACUCAACAAUGGUGGCUGUAUCACUAUUUUCCCGGAAGGAGGCAGUCAUGAUCGGGCCGAACUAUUACCACUCAAAGUUGGCGUGUCAUUGAUGGCGCUGGGUGCUAUGACGCAAUUCCCUAAUUUGGAUGUUAAAAUUGUGCCUGUUGGUUUAAAUUAUUUCCAUGCGCAUCGAUUCCGAUCCCGCGCCGUGAUUGAAUUUGGUUCUCCUAUUUCGGUUUCUCCAGCGUUGGUGGAAAAAUACAAGCAAGGAGCUGAAGAGAAGCGUGAAGCUUGCAAUAAGUUACUCGACACCAUCCACGGUGCUUUGAAAAGCGUCACAGUUAACGCUGGUAGUUACGAGACGCUGAUGCUUAUCCAAGCUGCUCGUCGAUUGUACAAGCCAGCUCAUCGCAAGCUCCACAUCUCGCAAGUAGUUGAUUUGAAUCGCCGUUUUGCUAUUGGCUACAAUAUCUUUAAGGAUGAUCCUAAAGUCAUUGAGCUAGAAAAACGAACCCUUGCUUAUAACCAACUUCUUCAAUAUCACGGUAUCCGGGAUCAUCAAGUGUCAAAGACAAACCUUGGCGGCUUACGGGCUAUUUUCCUCCUGUUCCGACGCUUAUUUGCCUUGCUUAUCUUGGCUCUCGCUGGACUUCCUGGUGCUGUGCUGAACUUGCCCGUCAUGGUGAUCGCCAAAGUAAUUAGUCAAAAGAAAGCCGCAGCUGCGCUGAAGGCUUCUACUGUAAAAAUCGCUGGGCGAGAUGUUCUUGCGACAUGGAAAUUAUUGGUAGGCUUAGUGGUGAUCCCUACGUUGUACUGUUUCUACGCUUCACUCGUCUUUGCUGCGCUCUCACAAGUAACAGACAUGUUACUCAAGUCCAAGCUGAUGAUCGCGUUUGGUUCUAUAGCCGUCAUUUCCUUCAUGUCCUACAUGAGUUUGAAAUUAGGAGAAAUCGGCGUCGAUAUCGCAAAGUCCUUGCGUCCUUUACUUAUGUCCGUGUUGAACCCUGCUGCAGCUGAAUCGUUGCGUCACAGUCGAAGCCAACUUUCCCGCGACCUGACGGACCUCAUCAAUGAAUAUGGCCCCCAAGUGUUUCCUGAUUUUGAUGCGGAUUACAUCAGUCGAACGACGCCGAAAUCAACCAGUUCAUCCACCAGUGUUUCCGGUACGCCUCGUGGGUCACAGGAUCAAUUAUCUGGUAGCCGCUUUCCACGUAUUCGUAGCAGUUUCCUUCAACAAGUGGCGAGCAUGGAAUGGUUGGAUGAUACGACCAUUUUUAACUGGGGUUCUUCAAAAGGAGCCAAUGCUGAUAUGUUGAAAGACUUGAGUAUGAGCAGUGCCAACAAUAGCGGUGCUUCUAGUGGCUGGACGAGUGAAGUGGGCACCCCAUCUUAUGAUCUCAGUCGCAGCCGCUCGGGCAGCUUUGACAGUGAAUCAGUGAUGGACGAUCUAAGCAUGACGCAUCUGAAACCUCGUUCGUCUUCUGGCUUGACAACACCCGCCAUUAAUAUUGAAUCCAUGGAUACCGUAACUGAUCCGUUGCUCCAAAAGAAAAUGGCAUAGACAAUAUACGCGCUCAUAUACAUAUACAACCCCAUUCUUAUUGCUUGAUGCAAAAAUGAAGAUAAGCAAAAAAAAAA